AUGGAGAUGCAACAACUUCUGAAUGCUAACAAUUUUCCUGACAUGGGGAUAGGGAAUGGUCAGCUAAUCUGUACUGGCAAUUUACAAGAAAUUUGGAGCUGGCUCUGCAAUAUCUUUGAAGUUGGUCUUCCUCAUUCUUUUGAUAAUAUCUGGAACUAUUCAAAGAAUAAAAGUCCUCUCAUGAAAGAAGUUUGGAUUACUGUUGCUUGCUCUGUUAUCAAGGAACUAUGGUUUCAAAAGAAUAAAAAAUAUUUUGAGGUCAACCCAAAUAUUCAGCAUUUCAAGCAAAAAAUAAUAAAAAUGGUAUCUGAAGGAGGACUGAGAAUGAAGGGCACUAAAUGGAAUCAGAAUUAUGAUCUUCAAAUAAUUGAUUUCUUCAAUUUGGGUUUCAGACAAAGCAAAUUUCAGUGCAUUAAAAGUUUCUACUGGAUUCCUCCACAAAUAGGUUUUACUCUCUUUUGUCGUGAUGGAGCAUCAGUGGGUAAUCCAAGAGCAGCAGGAUUUGGUAUUGUUGUAAGGAAUCAUCUGUGUCAGGUGGUUGGGGUUAUGGAUGGAGGUAUUGGUAUUGCUACCAAUUAUAUUGCAGAAACUUAUGAUGUGGUAUGUGCAGCUGAAUUGGGUGUUGAAUGGGGUGAAAAGCAUAUAAUUAUCAGUUCAGAUUCUAAAACUGUCAUAUCAGAAUUUGCCAGGAAUAAAGUUCCUUGGUUCAUUAGAAUGAUAUGGUUGAAAGCAAUGAAGAAAAUCUCCUCAAUUCAGUUUAAUCAUAGCUUCAGAGAAGGAAAUUUCUCAGCUGACACAGUAGGAAAGAAGGCAGCCAAGCUUAUUGCAGGUGAAAGGAAGAUUUUCAUUGGUAGACCUAAAUUUCGUACUAAAAUUGAAAUGUCAAGAACUGUGUAUUACAGAUUUUGUUUAAAAGAUGGGCUGUAG